AUGAUUCUAUCCUUGCUUUCCAUGCCGGCUAGAACUGCGGCAUUCUCGUCCAUGUCAUCCUUCACUCGAUCCUCAGGAAUCAAGAUGGUUCGCAAUUACUCUUCCACGAGAUUAUCCAUGAAGCUUCAAACUGCUUUGGUGGGAUUGCCCAAUGUUGGAAAGUCUACUUUGUUCAACGCUUUGACGGAGAGUCAAGGAGCAGAAAUGGGAAACUAUCCUUUCUGUACCAUUGAUGCCAAUGUUGGUAUUGUCACCGUUCCCGACGAAAAGCUGCAGAAAUUGUCCGAGCUCAACAGCUCUGAAAAGACUGUACCUACCACAUUGGAAUUCGUAGAUGUUGCCGGUCUCAUCAAGGGUGCAUCCCAAGGAGAGGGUUUGGGAAACAAGUUUUUGGCCUCUAUUCGUCAGUCGGAUGCCGUUGUCCAUGUCGUCCGAUGCUUUGAAGAUGGUGAUGUUAUCCACGUCGAUGGAUCUGUUGAUGCCAUUAGAGAUGCUGAAUUGAUCAAUCUCGAGUUGGCCUUUGCCGACUUGGAUCAAGUCGAAGGUAGAUUGUUGAGAAUCAAGAAGGACCGCAACGCCAGUCCUGUGGAGAAGCAAGCGCUUGAGAAGGUCAAGGAAGUUUUGGAAAGCGACAGACCUGCACGAUUUGCCGAAUUAGAUGAAGAGGAAGAAAACGCCAUCAAGUCGUUGGGUCUGCUGUCCCGCAAAAAGAUGAUCUACGCGGCCAAUGUUGCUGACGCUGACCUUGCCACUGGAAACGAAAUGACAAAGAAAUUGCAAGAACUUGCAGACAGCGAAGGAGCCAAGAUGGUCAUCGUUUCUGCUCAAGUCGAAGCCGAGCUAGUGGAGCUAGAAGAUGAGGACCGCGUUGAUUUCUUGGAAUCUCUCGGUGUCACCAUGGAGAACUCUGGACUACGUGCCCUUGUUAGAGAAGCAUACGACCUUCUUCAAUUGCAAACUUACUACACUAGUGGUCCCCAGGAAAGCAGAGCAUGGACCAUCCGCAAGGGAUGGACUGCACCAAAGGCAGCAGGAGUUAUCCACAACGAUUUUGAACGCGGUUUCAUCCGAGCAGAAACCAUUUCCUAUGAACACCUUAUUGAGUGCGGAAGUGAACAAGCAGCAAAGUCAAAGGGACUGCUUCGUAGUGAAGGAAAGGAUUAUGUAGUUCAAGAAGGAGAUGUGAUCCUUUUCAGAUUUAACGUUUAG